AUGGCACCUGCCAAAGGGCCGCGCGAGCCUUCCGUAGAGCGCUCGACAGAAUAUGAGGAGUUCAUGGAGGAUCUUAAAAAGUACCACGAGGAUCGAGGCACAACCGAUGUGUUUGACCCCGAGCCCAAAAUUGGUAAUCGACACGCCGACCUCUUCAAAUUAUAUAAAAAAAUCACAGAACGUGGAGGAUAUGACAAAGUGAGCGCAGAAAAGGGAGGCUUUAGAGAAGUCGGCCAGGAAAUCAAAUUGGUCAUUGGCCCACCAUCUGGUCAUGCCCAAUUAAGCUACCAGUUGAAGACGGCGUAUUAUCGGAACCUUGCGGCGUACGAGAUUGCUAAAUUCCACAAGAAGGAUCCCCCACCGAGAAACAUCCUAGAAGACGUCAGCGCACGAGGCGGAGAUCUAUUGAAUCGGACGCUGGAAAACUUUCAAAAGCCGGUUCGACCAAGUAUGAUGGAUAGCCAAGAUUCAGAAGGCUCAGGCGACGAAGCGCAAAAGACUCCAAAAGAGGAGAAGAUGGAUAUCGAUGAGCCCGGUAGCGCAACAGGACGGGCAUCAAGAGGUCUUCGUCAAGCUCCUCCACAACGAGUCCUCUUCCAACCGGACGUUUCCUCUACACGACAAACCCGUCACGCUACAGGUGCGACACAUUCGCCGCAGCCUCCAUCGCAAGUCAAUACAAGCUUGAAUCAAAGCGCCCUCACCAUGUUCCAAAAUUACGAGCCCAAGCAACCAACAGUGCUCACCCUUCGUCCGGUAAUAACACCGGGAAACAACCCGUCCAUGUUCCAAGAGAAGCAGCGAUCUAGAAAGGAAGCAGCGCUUAGAGCGGGCAAAACAUUGCCUCCCAAAGGCAUGAUGCUACCUGGAACUGGUUUCGAGGGUCCCAACAUCUACGUUCGCACGCUUCUUGCGCUUCGCUCUGGGAUUCCUGCGGAGCAAGGUUACGCAUUGCACCAUCUCGUCAAAAUCUCCCAUGAGCGUGGUGACAAGUACAAGUUUGAGGCCUUUCCUGGCCUCGCCGAGGAUCUCAUCAACAUGGUGCUCAAAGUUAGCUCGCUUUAUUACAAUGUAGACUGGCAGUUUUCCUUUGCCGACGAAGGCCCAUCCUCUCAGCUCGACAUUCUAGACGGUAUACAAGGCACUAAAGACAUUCUCGAACGCAUAGCGGCCCUUAGACCUCUCAACACUCUUGACGAGCUGGAGACGGAAGAAUUCUAUCAAACCUUGAAUAAGAUCAACGAAGCCGGCCUCGUCCUUCGAAAUAUGGUCACAAUGGAAGAGAACGCCGAGUACGUCGCCGGAUUUCCUCAGGUCCGCGACUUCAUCUGCAUUGCAUUGAACCUUCCGAACCGACCGGCUGUAGUCGAAUUACAACACUAUGCGCUUGACAUUGCCGAACAAAUCACCAAAUACCUAAUUCUCGAAGCCGACGACCCGCUGUAUGUUUCUCUGCUGCGGCACAUGGGCGGCCAAGACCGCGGCGCAAUUUUAACUGCUUUGCGCGCCAUCUCCCGGAUAUCCAUGAACAUGGAAGAGAGCACGCGUCUCAAGGGCGUUCCAAGCUCCAUCAUCCAGCGCAUUAUCGACUGGACCAUGCUUGACGAUGAAGAGCUCGUCCAUGCCUGCCUCGACUUCUUGUACCAAUAUACCGCUGUCGUCGACAAUGUCGAGUACAUGGUCGGCGAGGUCAACGUCGGCAUGUUGGUCGACCAGCUUGUCCGACUCCUCACCUAUGGCGGACGAGAAACGGAAGCGCGCCUAAUGGUUAAGCCUGCGACUCAGCCUCCACAACCAAAAGUAGCCACGGAGCUGCCAAAUAUUCCGACCGAUCUUCUCGAACAACUUCUCAAUAUCAAGGAACCCGAGCGUAGCUCUCAAUGGCUACGCUCAUGUUUCGAAGAAGACCCCAGCGGGGAAAUUACCCAGAUCGCGCUCUGGCAAGCGUACCAAGGCCGUUUUGCCGAAUUCCAGGGCCUACACGCCCCGUUACUCGCCGCCGCAGAUUUCAUCAAAAACGUAUCCACAACCUUCAGCAGCGCCAACGCACAAGUGCUCAACGGCCCUGUACCCAAAUUCAUCAUCAAGGGCAUUCGACCGCGUGCCGUGCCCAUGAGUCUCCAGGGCAAGCCAUAUCUGCGAUGCAAAUGGCAAUUCGAAGGCGGAAUGCCCUGCGGCGAGUUUAUCGUCGACGAGGAACGACUCUGGAACCAUCUCGUGCAUGACCAUUGCCGCGUCUCCCGUCGCCCGGACGGCAAACUCGACGGCACCCCAUCAGAUACGCCGGUUUACACGUGCCGCUGGAAAGGAUGUAAGAAAUUUUCUUCCAGUGCGACUCGGGCAUCAGCACCACCCGCAGAAGGAGCAGCACCUGCUGCAGGAGGAACCCGCUCCCCCUUUGAAGUCGGCAUGCAUCUCAAACUGCACCUCCCUGAUUCCAAAGAGCCUGACCAGCCCCGUCCCGAAGCCGAAUUCCAGUCCUUUGACUGGUGCAAUACCGCCGUCGACGAGCGCGGAGACGCUGCCGGUCUGCCCCUCACAAGCGUCCUCGUUUUGCGCAACCUCGCCCGCAACGUGCCCCGCAAGGAAGACCACGAAGCCGAAGGCUGGACCCAGCGGCUCUUUGACCCCGUCCGGGGCCGUCUCUGGCAUGUCAUGGCGCAUAAUCGGUCGCUGAAUAGCUAUUUGACUGAUUUGGCCAUUUUAGUUGCGUAG